AUGUAGAGUUGUGUGUAUCCGAACAUGUUCAACUGUUGAGUUGUGUAUCCAAACAGUUUAUCUGUCAUGUAAUGACGUUUAGAGAUCGAAUAGGAAUCGAUGGAGGACGACAAUAAAGGCAUUGUGUGUAUUGGUUAAAUCCGUGUUUUAUUACUGAAUAUUAAGGAAAACGAUACAAUUCUGGCGACGAGGAUUAACGAAAUCGCGCAAAGAUUAUGCGGAGUCACGUAUUUCAGGUGGAAAAUACGUAAAUUUGUUCAAUCAUGGAGUAUUCAUUGGGGUCGGCGGGCCCAAUUUUUUGCCCAUUUGGAGAGGCAAAUACAGGCGAAAGAUGGAAAGUGUGGCUCAGAAACUUCGAAUAUUACGUCGGUGGCCAGGUAGGGCUAAAUGACAAACAGAAAAUAAGCAGACUUUUACACCAGGCGGGGCCUGAGGUACAAGAAAUAUAUGAGACUAUUGAAGAGCAAAAUGCCGAAGGCAGUAACGAGUUUGAGAAAUGUAAAUACAGGCUUACGAACUACUUCCAGCCGGAAGUUAACACGGCCUAUGAAAGGCAGAAAUUCAGAAAUAUAUCUAUGAACGAAAAAGAAAAUGUUAAUGAGUUUGUUUUAAGGCUGAGAAAGCAAGCAAAAUACUGUGAGUUCUCCAACACAGAUGAGGUAGUAAGAGACCAACUCAUAGAAAAGUGUGUUAACAAAGAUCUAAAACGAAAAUUUCUAAAGAAAGGAAAAGAUUUAACUCUAACAAGGGCAUUAGAGUUGGCUAGACUGUUUGAAUUGGAUAAUUUAAUGUUUUCUAGUGAGGAAAAAGAAGAGAAGGUGAAACAGGAGGAGACAAGUGUAAAUAAGGUUCACCAAGGCCAGAGCUUCAUCAGCUGCUAUAGAUGCGGACGCAGGGGUCAUAUAGCAAAAGAUAGUAAGUGCCCGGCAGCUGCGGAACAAUGUGACAAAUGUGGAAUUAAGGGUCAUUUUGCAAAGUGUUGCAAGACCAAGAGUUCAGAAAGGAAGAAAGAAGUUAAGAAGAAGAAGAAAAGAUAUGUGAAGUAUGUAGUUUCUCAUGAUUCGGACUCGGAAUCAACAAAUGAAAGUGAUAACAGUGACUGCGAGGACAGUAAGCAGGUGCAAGUAAAUUCUGUGUUUACCAUUAACAGUAUGGACAAUAAGUGUAAAAUAAAAGUAGGGGAAAGGUAUAUGUGUGAUUUUAUUAUUGAUUCAGGUGCAUCUAUAAAUAUCAUUGACAAGCACACAUUUAAAAGAUUAACAAACUCUGGAUUUUCUUGUGAAUUAAAAGACAAGAAUAACGAUAGGUACUUUGCUUAUGGAGGAGAAGAAAUUAAGCAAGUAGGUAUAUUUUCAACUUUGUUAUACUCACCAGACUCAAAACGCAAAGUAAAUGCAAAUAUAUUGGUAUUCAAAGGUUGUGGACCUUCCCUGUUAAGUAAACAAACAUCAAUCGAUUUGGGUUUGUUGAGAGUAGGUCCAAUUUCUGUUGAAUUACCCAAAAUUUACUCUAUUAAUCCAAUUGAUUCUAAAAAUGCUAUAAUGAAAGAAUAUCCAAAAUUGUUUGAUGGUAUAGGUAAACUGAAAAACUUUAAACUGACUAUUCCUAUUGACCGAACUGUUAAAUUGAUUGCUCAACCUGUUAGACGACAACCUUUUAACUUGAGACACAUAGAAAAAGGACUAAUUACAGAGCUUAUUGAAAAUGACAUUGUGGAACCUGUGACAGGACCCACUCCAUGUGUAUCUCCUUCUCACAUUGUAAAGAAGAAAGAAAAAGACCAAUACCGACUGGUAAUAGACAUGAGGAAGGCAAAUGAAGCUGUAAUGAGGGAACGCGUCCCUCUCCCUACAUUUGAAGAGCUAUUAGCAGAUCUCAAUGGCUGCAAGUUCUUCUCAACACUUGAUUUAAAAUCUGGGUAUCAUCAACUGGAGCUGGAUGAGGAUUCUAGAAACAUCACUGUCUUUAGUUCUAGUUUAGGGCUUUUUAGGUACAAACGUUUAUUCUUUGGUGUACGAUGUGCAUCCGAGAUGUUUCAACGAGUGAUUGCUCACCUGCUACAAGGCAUUGAGGGAGUCGCAAAUAGCCAGGAUGAUAUUCGAAUUGGAGGACGCACUAGAGAAGAACAUGAUGCCAGGCUGCGUGAGGUGCUGGACAGAUUGAAUGCAAAUGGUUUAACACUCAAUGAGAGGAAGUGCAGAUUUGGUGAGUCUGAAAUUGUGUUUCUUGGACAUCACAUUUCAGCUGCAGGUGUAAGACCAACAACAACUAAUCAGCAGGUGGUACAAGAGUUCAGAGCUCCACAGAAUACGGCAGAAGUCAGAAGCUUUCUGGGACUAGCAAAUUUUUCGGCUCGGUUUAUUCCGGAUUUUAGUACAAUCGCUGCACCAUUGAGAAAGCUCACCAAGAAGGACACGGAGUUCAAGUGGAUAGCAGAACAUCAGGAAGCAUUCCAAAAGCUAAAAACAUUAAUAGCGUCAGCGCCUGCAUUAGGUUUUUACAAUAGAGACUCUGAAACAACUCUUGUUACAGAUGCAAGCCCGGUAGGAAUAGCGGCAGUAUUAAUUCAGAAACAAAUCGUAAAAGGCGAAGAGCAACCUAUUAUUAUCAAAUACAUAAGUAAAGCAUUGACACCAACAGAGCAGCGCUACUCACAAACAGAAAAAGAGGCAUUAGCCAUUGUGUGGGCAUGUGAGACCUUGUACAUGUACCUAAUAGGGAAGCAAUUCAAUAUCAUAUCAGACCAUAAGCCAUUAGAAAUAAUAUACUCUCCGAAUUCGAAGCCUUCUGCAAGAAUUCAACGAUGGGUCUUAAGAUUACAACCAUUUACAUUUAAAGUUAUUUAUAAGCCAGGAAAAAACAAUAUUGCAGAUCCAAUAUCCAGAUUGUUAGAUACAUCUAAUCCAUUAACUAAAAAUACAGAAGAUUGUGAAGAUCGGUCAUUAUUGGCCUUAGUAGAGUCAUCUAUGAAAGCGGUUACUUUAGAAGAAGUACAGGAAGCCACUAUGAAGGAUGAGGAAUUAUGUGAUUUGAAAAAAGCUAUUGAGAAAGAUAUAUGGCCAAAGGAGUUCCGGAAGUAUGAAUUGAUUAAGACUGAGCUAUGUGUCAUAGAUAACAUCAUAUUAAGAGGUACAAGGAUUGUAAUUCCAACAUGCUUAAAGGAAAGGAUUUUGGAUCUUGGACAUGAAGGACACAUUGGAACGAAUUCCAUGAAAGCAAAGUUAAGAUUAAAAGUAUGGUGGAAAGGAAUGGAUAAGGACGUAGAAUACUGGGUUGACACAUGUGACGGGUGCAGACUGGUCAGGCAAGACACACAUCCUGAACCCAUUACUUCGACUAAGCUGCCAAGUAAGGUAUGGGAAUUGGUUGGAAUUGACUAUAUGGGACCGCUACCAUCAGGUCACUACUUACUUGUUGUUGUGGACUAUUACAGCAGAUAUUUUGAGGUUGAGAUACUGAAGAAUCAAACAGCAGAAACAACAAUUAAGACCUUAGAAGAAAUAAUUUGUAGAGAAGGACUAAUGGAUGAAAUUGUGUGUGACAAUGGCCCAGCAUUUAGAGAUGAACGUUUCAAGGAAUUUCUAGUAUCAAAUGGAGUAAGACUCAGGCACACAACGCCGCUUUGGCCACAGGCCAAUGGUGAGGUCGAGAGGCAGAACAGAAACAUCCUGAGAAGACUGAGAAUAGCGCAGGCAAAGAAGUUGGAUUGGAAAAAGGAAUUACAAGUAUAUUUGUCAGCUUACAGAACUUCUCCACAUUCGACUACGGGCUUACCUCCAGGGGAUGUGUUUAGAGGGCGCAAAAUAAAAACAAAGCUUCCAGAGAUGAAGGUAGAAUUUAAUUUAAAUGACGAGCAAAUAAGGGACAAUGACAGAUACAAGAAAUAUGUACAAAAAGAAUAUGCAGACAGAAAAAGACAUGCAGGAAAGGUAGAGCUGCAUCCUGGAGACAAAGUGCUGAUGAAACAGAGAAAGGAAGACAAAUUAAGCACUCCAUUUUCCCCAGUAGAACAUACAGUUGUAUGGAAAUCAGGUAAUUCUGUUACAGUGCAAUCUCCGAAUGGAAAAGUUAUAAAAAGAAACUCUCUACAUUUUAAGCCUAUUAAGUACAGAGAUGGUGAAAAAUUUGUAAAGGAAAAGGAAGAGAUUAGGAACGGAAACAAAGACUUGGAAGAAGUAAGAGGUAAUGAACCAGAUGCGACAAAAGAGGAAGGAGACCUGACUCACUUGACUCAUAGCAACAGACCUCAUAGGGAAAAGCGACUACCACCUAAAUAUAAUGACUUUCUGUUGAGUCUUAUUGUAGACUCAUUGAAUUGAUAUUAUAAUGUGUAGUGUUCUUAGCCGUAGGUCUAGAUGUGUUAUCUACAAUAUGAUGUUUGUACUUAAUGAUGCCAAGGCGGAGCAGAAUACACAUUGCAAAAGUAUUUAUUUUGCAAGUUGAUUUUGUAUGCCAAUGAUAUACAUAUCAUUGUCCAAGUUAAUUUUAUUACCUAAAUUUGUGAUAAGUUCUCAUGUUAAGGUCAAAACAAGAAAUGUAAAACUUCAUAAUAUUUAGUUAGAGUACAUAUUCCGUUUUAAUCAUAAUAUAACUUUUGUAGCUGAAAGCUGUUUAUGUUUAAGGAUAAGUUAGACUUACCAUUUUGAUUUUAUAAUUUAAGUUCUUUUGAAGAAAGAAAGGGAUUGUAGAGUUGUGUGUAUCCGAACAUGUUCAACUGUUGAGUUGUGUAUCCAAACAGUUUAUCUGUCAUGUAAUGACGUUUAGAGAUCGAAUAGGAAUCGAUGGAGGACGACAAUAAAGGCAUUGUGUGUAUUGGUUAAA